AUGUCUGCGCUGAAGAUGCACAGCAUCCCGCAUCAGCAAAUGCCUCAGAGGUACGAAUCGGAUGAGGAAGAGAUUUCGGAGGCUGAUGCGCCGAGCCUCGACGAUCAACUCUACUCGCCGGUGGGCAGCGACACAUGUGGAGGAGACUCUGACCAGCGCGCCUUCGUAUCACCCGCAAAUUCUCCGCAAACCGAUUUCACCUUCAGAAUGCCGAGCCCCUCCCCCGGCCCAGAGGCACCAAAAACCCCUAUUUGCAAUAAUAAUGCCAAACGCGGCAGCUGCUUGACCCUUAUGGCUCCCAAAUCUCGACUAGAAGAUAAUGAAAAGCAGUUUCGAAAAUCAUACGGCCCCUAUCGAGAGUCACCUUCGUUUCAAAAUACCCACUUUUUUUCGUCGAUGCUGGUGGAAACGGACACUGCAAGCCCUAUUCGCAAAUCGAUGUGCUCUGAUGUAUUCUCCUCAGAUGAGGAAUUAGGGCCUGAAACUCGCUUCCUCAUCGCGACCUCUGUUGCAUAUCAUGUUCCUAACAGCAAGCCCAAUCUUAUAUCUGUUGGACCUUCCGCGACCCCGUCCGCCCCGUCGACUUCCCCCACCCCUCAUGUCGCUGAGCAGCAAAAGAAACGCCCAGCGCCUCUUGACCUGGCCCCAUCGAGACGCCUCUCUACGAAUACCACCCGAACCACAACGAGUGUGAGAACUAGGCUUUCGCGUCUAAUGACAACGAAGCAGGACAAACGGAGGGGUUCAUACUUUAUACAGCUUCCAAAUUCGUCAGAAUCGUCCAUCGUACCAACACCCUCCUUUUCUGUUCCCAACUGGAAGGGCGCCGAAGCGACUCAAAAACCGCCAGAGUCUGAGCCAGAACCCCCUCCCGAACGUGACCCUGUGGAAAGAGACUCGUGGUUUUCCAACCGUGUUAGCAACACAUCCUCUCGAUAUUCAAGUCAAAGCCAAAAUAGUCCUAUGUCUCCACAAGAAGCUAAAGACGAAAGUUCUAAAGGUUUGUCGAGGUCAUCAGGAUUUACAAAAAGAAUAGCCUCCCGUGGACAGAAACUUAGCAUCGACUCAACGCCAUUACCACAACCAUCAACAUUAUCCAGCGCUGCUCCCCGUUUACCGGCCCCAGAACCGAAGAAAAAAUUCGGAUACAGUUUAAUGCCAUCACCCGACGUCUCGAUAUCUCCUUAUCCUACUGGCCUUCGCGCUCCUGUGUCAAGCCGUACACUCCAUAACGUCGACCUAACACCUCCUAGAAGUUCACACUCCCGUGAAAAGGCAUAUUCAAUAAAGAGUGGUAUCAGCAAUUCUAGCAAGCUCAGCUUAUCACCAUUUGAUACUACUUCUUUCAAGGGCUUAGCCCAACGUUACAGCCGUGCACAGACUUUUGACGACCCUGCGACCCAGCGCCGACCUUCUGGCAGUCCGAUAUUUAUGGGUAGAAAUCCAGAUGGCAAGUUUCGUGACGGCAGAUUGAAUUCUACGACGAGUCUUGCUUUACCGAGAGCAUCAACUUUCGCUGUUCCAGAAGAACAUGAUCUUGAACAGGAGAAGAAGUCUUCAGCAAAGAAGCAUAAACAUUCACCAUCAAAAAGUAUGAAAUGGUUUCAGGAUAAAGGGGGAAAUAUGAGUCAGGCAGGGAGCAAGGCGCUUACCGGCCUCGGGUCGAUGAUCAGAACGAAAAUAUCUUAA